CUCACACCUCCCAUCUGGUGUGGCGUCCUCGACGAGUGCUGAACCCAUCUUCCUCAGCCCAGCAACACGCGAGCGCGGCCACUAACUCGUCCAGUGCACACCGCUCUCGCCAUAUCCACCACAAAGCUGUGUCAGCGCUGUGGCACAGGUGCAUCAUCAGACAUCGCGCCCACUUCGUCCAUAUACGCGACCUCCCCGCGCACUUAUCGGUCCCGGCGCGAAGACCUUGACUCUCUAACAACUCAUCCCUCUACCACCAUGAUGGACGAGGGGUCUUUCAAUGCCCAACAGAACGGCGGCGGUAAGCAGGCCCAGCGGGCGCGCAGAGUCCUCAACUGCGGGCCCUGCCGCAAGAACAAGCUCAAGUGCGAUAGGAAGCGGCCUUGCUCAUCCUGCCAGCUGCGAAGUACGCCGUCAUCGUCGCUGUGAUGCCUCAUAUUGAAACUGACGACACGUGUCGCCUGAUUUGUAGAGAGCGAAACCUCUUGCCGCUAC